AUGUGGAUGAUGGGAUACAAUUACAGGGGAGAGUUCAAUAGCAUUCAAAGUCCAUUUAAUGGUCGAAAACUUCGGCCCAUCUUUCCAAGACCAGCCUCUGCUGCUGCUAUAAACCUCAUUAAUCGUGACACUGAUCUUCUUGUUCUAAAUCAUCACCAUCUUGCAGCAAUGGCAGAGCAAAAUAAGAGGGAGUUUAACACACAGCAGAUCGUGGUGAGCUCGCGCUGGAAUCCCACACCGGAACAACUUCAAACCCUCGAAGAACUGUAUCGAAGGGGAAUCCGAACUCCUUCAGCAGAACAAAUUCAGCUCAUAACUUCACAGCUUCGUCGAUAUGGCAAGAUUGAAGGGAAGAAUGUCUUUUACUGGUUUCAGAAUCAUAAGGCUAGAGAAAGGCAAAAACGCAGGCGUCGGUACAAAUCCAUAUCCCACGAACAGCCACAUAAUAACGGUAAAAGGAAAGAAUCAGGAGCAAAUACGACAAUAUUUGAAGUUGAACAGCCAAAAAACUGGGCAUCUCCUACAAACUCUAGUACAAUUGCAGAGGCAGAAAAAGCAGCAAAUGCAGAAUGUAAAGCAGAUGGAUGGUUACAGUUCGAGGAGACAGAAUUACAGCAAAGGAGAAACCUCGUAGAAAGAAAAAACAGGUUGCAAAUGAUGAAUUUGUCUGGUUCAUCCUCUCACACUAAGCUAAUAAACUCUACUCAUACACAAAUGGAUCAAAAUCGCAUGAAGUUUCAAGAUUUUAACAUUUCAAACCACAAGAUCCCGUGGCGGAAAUCUGUGGUGCACGAGCACGAGCCCUAUAAGCUAAUAAACUCUACUCAUACAGCAAUGGACCCCAAUCGCAUGAAGUUUCAAGAUUUUAACAUUUCAAACCACAAGAUCCCGUGGCGGAAUUCUGUGGUGCACGAGCGCGAGCCCUGUAGUGUACAAUGUUCUGACAAUUGUAGGGAAUCCGAAACCCUCCUAUUGUUUCCACUUCGAAGCUGCCAUGAAAAUGAAGGUGCUUUUGACAAUGACAUAGAGGUUUCAGCUGCAGCCAUAAGUUCUGAUUUCGGUGCUCAAUACCAAUUUUUUGAGUUCCUCCCUUUGAAGAAUUAA